ACUCUUUACUGUUAUUGCUGGCCUUAUAGGCUCAGAGGAUCCAGAGUGCUUUGAAUUAAAGUGUUGCCUAUACAAAUACAUGCAUAAAGUUGUCCUUAUUAAACUUAUAUGAAUUGCAGAGGCAAUUACAAUACAUCUAUUCAGAAAGGUACUUCUUCAUUCAAGAUUUAAGAAACUAAGCAUAAGCUCACUUCUCUAUGACAUCCUUUCACCCAUAGUUCCACAUUGUUGCAAACCAUGGCAUUCGUUCCUCAUAUUCAAUGAUCUCAAACAAGGCUGGCUCAAAUUUGUAUGAGCGGUUGAGAUCACUCAAGAUGAGUUUCUUUACUGUAAGUGCUUUCAUGAUAUUUUUUUUCAUAGGUGCUGGAGAAUCAUGCACUAAAAUUACCGAGAAUCUGCACUACUCAUGCAUGGGAAGAAACCUCAGCUACAUACCACCAACUAUUUCUCCAUCAGUUCAAAUUCUGGAUUUUAGUUUUAACGUUUUGAAACACUUACAGAAGACGGUAUUCCCGGUUUUGUCUUUUCUACGAGUCCUUGAUCUGUCAAGAUGCCAGAUCAAGCACAUUGAAAAUGAUACUUUCUACAAUGUGAAGAAUUUGACUACAUUGAUUCUCACUGGAAACCCAAUUGCAUAUUUUGGACCUGGAUGCUUGAAUUCUUUACAUUAUCUACAAAGACUAGUUCUUGUGGAUGUUGGUCUCGCGUCCUUACAGCUUCAAAUGAAUAACCUUACUAAGCUACAGGAACUUAGAGUUGGAACAAAUAACAUCCAGUCCGUGUCUCUCCCUCCAUUCAUGAGCUCCUUUAAAGAUUUCAGUUUACUUGAUCUACAUGCCAAUAAUAUAUCCAUCAUUAAAACUGAUCACACUGUUGUGUUGAGAAAGAUUGGCAGAAACAUGACUUUGAUUCUCUCUAGGAAUCCAUUAUUACACAUUGAACCAGGAGCUUUCAAAGAUGUUUAUCUCAGAGAGCUGGAUAUUCGAUCUGCAUUUGUUUCAUUUGCUACUCAGAAAGUUGGUCUAAAAGCUCUAUAUGGUCUUAAUGUCAAAAAGCUGAUGUUCGGAAAGAACAGGGAUGAUAACAAGAUUUUCCCAUCAGAUUCAGACUAUUUAGAUGGCCUUUGCUCUAUUUAUUUUCAUGAGGUAUAUUAUUACAUAAAAGAAAGGCCUAGUGGGAAAAUUAAUAUCUUUCGCUGUAUGAUUAAUGCCACAAUUGUAGCUGUAAAGGGUGGUCUAAUUCGUGAUAUUGCGUAUGUGCCAUUUAAUGAAAUCAAGGAGAUUUACUUGAUUAACAAUCAAUUAGAUACUGUGCCAGGUAAACUACUUUCACAUCUUCAUACUUUAGAAAAAGUAGUAUUUACACGCAACGUUGCAACCCAAGUUGAAACCUUUAUAGACAUGCCUAAGCUUCAGUAUUUGGAUCUGAGUUCAAACCAAAUUACAUUAACAUCAUGCUGCACAGAAAUGUUGUUGGACACUCAUGGAAUCAGGUAUCUAAAUUUGAGUUUAAAUCCACAAAUCGGUCUUUCUGUUCCAGCAUUUGAUAGACUUGAUUCCCUUGAAAUUCUAGAUUUUCAUCAUACAAGGGUUGUAGGUAUGGGAUACCUUUCACUUUUGUCUAACUUGAAGUAUUUGAGGUAUCUAGAUGUUUCUUAUUCCAGUAUCACUUUUGGUAACAUAUAUUGCUUUUAUGGACUGAGCAGUCUUAAGGUUCUCAAGAUGGCUGGCAAUAAUUUUCAGGGUGAUGUAAUACGAUUUUUAUUUAAUAAUCUCACAGUUCUAGAGCACCUUGACAUGUCAUACUGUCGUAUUGUAGAGUUACACCCAAGCUCUUUAAAAAAUCUCCAAAGACUUAGACUUUUGAAUCUGAGAGGAAACAAUUUAAUGACUAUAGAUUUUCUUAUCCACCCAAGCCUGAAACAAUUAACAUCGUUUUAUGUUGAUAAAAACAGCAUUACUAGCAUCCCACUUCAUGUUCUCCAAAAGUUGCCUGCAAACCUUUCAGAGUUUGAUUUGUCCUCCAACCCCAUCGAUUGUUCCUGCUCCCAGACAGAUUUUAUUUUGUGGAUCAUCCAAAAUCAAAACAUUUUGAAGCAACCAGAAAAUAUUUUCUGCAAAACCUUGUCAACACGCUCAGAUUUUAGAGCAGUGGACUUUGACAUUGACAGCUGUGUGCAAAAGAAAAGACUCACAAUUGUUUUAUCAUUAUGUUUUGUUUCAUUAGUAGUUGUGUUAUCAGUCUUGGCUUAUAGGUACCAGUUUUAUCUUCAGUAUUGCUGGAUUCUUCUGAGAGGCUACAGAUCACCUGGACAACAAGAAUGUUCCUAUGAUGCAUUUGUGAUUUUCUCCAGCUAUGAUGAAGUCUGGGUCAUGAAUGAACUGAUGGAGAAUCUGGAGAACGGUGUUCCACCUAUUCAUCUUUGCCUUCACAUGCGGGACUUUCAAGCAGGGAAGUCCAUCGCCUCCAACAUUAUUGAUGAAGGAAUAAUGGGCAGUCGUAAAGUCAUUGUGGUUGUGUCUCAACACUUCAUUGAUAGCGCCUGGUGUCGCUUUGAGUUUGAAUUAGCUCAGUCCCGGUUUAUGAUGGAACGCAAUGCCAACAUCAUCAUCGUCAUUCUGGAAGAUGUGGAAGAGACGAAGACUAAGAAAGUGUUUGGUCUUCAUAAGCAUCUGAAAAAGAACACGUACUUGAAGUGGAGCAGGGCCCUUUGAGUAACAAGAGAUUCUGGAUACGGCUCAGGAGAGCUAUUAUUGCCACAAAACAAUAAUAUUACAUUUACU